AUGACUAGGGAAGUGUACGACGCAGUGUUACUUACAGCAGGAGCAGUUGGUAUAUCAAUGGCAUCAAAGAAACUAUUGAAAGAACCCUUAGGCACCCCAGAGAAUGUAAAAGGAAUGGUAAAGUUAGCCGUAUCAGUUAGUCUUUCAUCUCUACUGGUCUCUUACCUGAAAGAAAAGAAGUAUCUACCAGAUGAUCCAUUCAAAACCUAGGUAAAACUAUACAAUGGCGGGGGCAGUAGCAGGAGGACUCUUUAAUGCAUUUGCAUUUGCGGGAGCAGGAUACCUAUUUAAAAUGUUUGAUAGGAACGGAUACGCUGAGGAGGCUAAAAGACAUAACCUUGCAAUGGAGAAUCUUACAGCUGAAAGAGAAAAGUACCUCGAAGAGGUCACUGAUAGGAGAAAUAGGAUUGCUCAGCUAAAGUCAGAACUAGCUGAGGCAAAUAGGGAUAUCAAGUCAACGAACCAGUCACUAGAACUCGUCAGAAGAAUCAAUGAGUUAACACGUAAGGUUAUGCCAAGGAAGCCACAAUUAAGUAAUCACUACAAACCUAGCUCUGAAAUGGAAGAAUAUAUGGCAAUCUUUGGUUUAGUUGCAGUUGGAGCAGUGGGUGGGUUAGCUUAUUUAAUUCUAUAG